UCACAGCUUCUCACGGUGCUUACUCUUUCAUCUUUGCGAAUUCUCAUCCAAACGCCGGAGAUAGUGUUAUCAUCACGAUGUCUCAGUCGUCUAACAGUUCUUUGGCCGCUCUAGACCGAGAAAUUUGUAUGCUGCUGGUAGAUAUACGUUCGGAUAAAGUGACCGUUCGCCACAAAGCUGUCGGCAAAUUGCUGGUGAUAGCGAACCAUCGUACCGAAGAUUUCUCAUCCUACAUCGACUCAGAGCGAUUUGAAACCGGUUGGAAUGAUGUAUUCGAUGCUACCUACCACAGCAUGUUAAAACAUGCCCAUUCUACCAGUGCUACAGUGAAGGGCAAAAACGACGAUUAUACCAUGCUCAUGCGCAAAAUAGCCGAAUGUGCCAUGCAAAGAGAUGCGCCUCGUCUUAGCUAUCAACAGUUGAUCGAUUACGCACUUCAAGGGCUUGAGGAUGAAGCCAUCAGGACGUGCCUUGGGUUUUGUCUCGUAGAGCUAAUUCAAAAGCACGUGUUGGGAGUGAAAUGGGAUCUUACAACCAUUUCCUACGAGCUUUGGCGAGCUCUCAUUGAUAAGUGCUUUAUGCUGUUGGAUGACGUUCAGCUGGGAAAACAAGUACUACCAUGUCUUUCUCUGGCUAUUCGCAAAUUCCUCGAGAACUGCUCAAAGACAACGUUCCUGGCAGAUUAUUUUCCCCGGUUGAUGGAACAAAUUCGCCAGACUGAGAAGAACAAAUGUAUGAAUGAACUUAUUGUAAUCGCACUACAUGCAGUACAGGGCGUUGCUGUAGAUGCCAGGGUGAAAGUACAGGCGUUCUUAAACUCCUUAACACCAUACAUUCUAAAGGCAUAUGAACCUAAAAUGGCGGAUGAACAGAAGAUUGUUCUGUUUCGCUUGAUGCACCUUUGUUUGGUGAUGGAUAGCCCUGGAGGUAAGCUUCAGUCAGGUCAGGAUGAUCGAUUGACGGACGAACUGCCUGCUCCCACUAUCGUUCCGCAAGAGCGAAACAAACAGUUGGACCAAUUAUUCUGUAUUGUUUCGGCGGAAUUGAAGGAACAACUGUCGAGGAACUACAUUCCAAAAUAUGCAACUUUGGAACGGGAAAUAAAAUUUGUUGAUGGAUUCCUUGAUUUCGCUGCCAGGCUGUGCUAUACGAUUAAUUGGGAUGAAACUGGUUGUACGGUGCGCGAAGAGAAAUGUGAAGAAUCUUCGUCAAAAAAGGUAAAAAAGGCUAGGAAGUUACAAAAACUGAUGGAUUUUGCCUGCUCUACUUCCAAUCAGAACAAUAUGUGCUGGUUAAUAAUUAUUUCAUUUGUUCUGGAGCGACACUGUGCGGCACUACUAUUGCAAGACUAUCAACCGCUGUUGCAGCAGCUGAGCGAACUGCAACCUGCAGUACAAUCUGUGGAGCAGCAUCGAGCAUUCUACCGUUGCUGUGAGGUAUUGUUACAGUAUGAAGAUACACAGAUGUUCCGUUCGUCUAUUGCAUCAAUGAUCGAUGCACAGUUUUGCGGGGAUUUGUGGACCAAGAUUCUCAAUGCCGCCUGUCGGUCUAGUUCUAGUACGAUACGGUCCAUUGCAGCGGAUAGCUGCAGACUGAUGCAGCUUCUAAUUCGGUAUCGGAAAUAUUCAAGCAUUGAUUUCCUGAAUGGUACAAUACUUGAGGCGAUUUACUCGAAUGCCAUCAAGAAGACCGAUGCCAGUGCUGCCUGUCUGGAAUCCAUCCUAGAAACGUUGUCAAGUAUCGACUGCUUAUCGGGUGGUAAGGAGGAUGUGUUAAAAAAGAUGUUCGAUUAUCUGUACAUUGGCCCUGGAGUCCAACGGACAAUUAUUCAUGGAAAGAUAAGGUUAAGCACGAAGCUGCUCGCAAAUAUCUCCGUUCUAGCUGUGGUAACCAAACAUGUUGGUAGUGAACCACAAAACGGCGAUUCAAUGCUCGGUCUGCUGACGGAAGUGUACGUCGAAAAAGAUCGCUGCUUACGGCAGCUCGAACGUAGGCUUUUGCUUCAAAAUGUGGAUGAGCUGAUCAUGUCGGAAGAGACUGAGUCGAGAAUGGAUGAAACGGAAGCAGGACAACUGAUUACCUACAAUGUAAACGAAGUAUUAUUCGAUCGUCUGUGUGUCUAUCUCAAUUUCGAUAAAAAUGUACUGCCAGAAGAAGGCAGGAUGCUCAAUUUAUCGAUUUUGGAAGAGAUAUGCUACGAAUUGGAACUCUAUUUGCAUAUCCUCAACAUCCUGAUGAACCAUCAAGCCCACACGAUUGUCCAACUAGAACGAUGCGUGCUGACUAAGAAGGUGAUGUUUAAAUUACAGCUGCUCAACAUGGGUUGUCAACGGUUACUGGAGUGUAAUUCCUCGUUUAGUACUAACGAAGUUGCUAGUAUUGGUGAACGGUUGCUAUCCAUCUUCCAAGGUCCCUACCAUCCUGCGGUCGCGAAAGUAUUGCAAGAAGCUGAUGUAUCAUCCGUCCUAAAGUGGUGUAAGAAUCAUAUAGACCAAACACAGCACGAUGAUUCAGAACAUGUGGAGCGCAUCACACUGGAUCAAUUACCGUCCGGGCAACAUACUCAUCGAUGCUACUUGCACACCAUGGUACACUAUCUGCAGUAUGAAGGGGCUGUGCAUGUCGCGGUUGUGCAUGACAUGCUCGAACAUCUUGAACUAAACAUUUACAGUAGCUUGGACGUGUUUUAUAUUUUCGAUCUAUGUCGCAUCUUGCUUCGUCAUCCAUCGAGCGAGAUUGUAGCCGAUUGGGUACUGAAACAUGUGAUAAGCGUGUGCAAGGCACAUCAUACGAAUGUGGGUAUAACGGAGGAAAUCAUACACUUGUAUGCCGACCUCGUCAAGUUUGUAAGCCCAUAUGAAUCCAUGACGAAAAAUGUGACCAUCGUGCUCAAUUCCUUCGUAAAGAAAUGCAAACUGCAUACCUAUUCUACCGAGCUGCAAGGCAAAAUCAUCGCUCAGAUCAAGCAUUUACUAAGAGCUUUUCCAGAAGACUUUGAACAACCGCUGCACACGCAGCUAUAUACUGGGCUAGUACCACUUCUAAGCAGCUCCAGCUACAGCAUCAAGAUAGAGGUGGUGCGAAACUUUCUACAUAUUUUCCAUUCCGCUUGGGUGUACGGUAAAGAUGCCCAAGUAUCGCGCGUCUACUAUGACUUUCAGACCAUGUUGUACGACAUGGUGGACUUCGAAGUGGUUAGCAGCAUUAAUGAUUUAGACGAAAGGACGAAUACAGUGAGCGGUUUACUACAGUUGCUGCUGGGAACAUUUCGCGUUUGCUUUGAACUCAGGAGACGUUCCCUACAAGACUUCAUUCUGUUGCUUUCGCAUGGGAAAUUGAGAGAUGCCAAAGUAGCGACUCUAAUACGUCUUGUGAGUGUAGUGAGUGGUAUUGAGAUCGUCAAAGUUGCCCAGACAAACAUAGAUGGUCUGUUGGAUGUUUGGUUUGCGAAGGACUAUAGCUUGGAAAACUUCCCCUGUCGUCUAACUGGCGCUUCUGGAUCCAUCGAAAAUUUUGUGCAAAUGCACCGCAAAGGAAUAGCGUUUGGAAUGCUCUGCAUGCAUCCUGAUCGUUUCCAACCAUUCUGCCAGUCAGUCGGUAUAGAGCACGAAGCAAUGACAAAGCUAAUCUUACCACGCUGUGUAGCCUUUCUACUACCGUGGUUUGCUAAGUGCGACGGCUUGACAUCGAAAUACACGGCUAUAGCAACGCAGGUACAGAAGGCUCUGACACCAUUCCUGCGUAGGAUGGACCUAAAAUCGCAGAUUUUUGACGUUCUCAAGCAUCUCACAUAUCGGAUGAAGGAUGUGAAUGAACUGGAAAAGCUACUCGAGCAUGACAUCGCUCGGUGCAAAGAUGAUUAUCUGUCCGUUACCCACAGUAAUUUCUCAAAAUCAAUGGAUUACCUACGGCAACAUAUUUUAAAAGCUCACGGAACAACGGCAACGGUUCCGCUGCUUAGUUACCUCUGCCAGGAGAAUAGGCAAUCAUUGGUCGAAAAACUGCUAACCGAUGUUAAGCGUUGGCUUUGGGGAAGCGAAGAGAAGCAGCAAAAGGUGGUUCAUUUAUUUCAGUACGUUGCCGUGGUCGAACAGCUCCGAGAGUACAUUGAUGAACAUUGCAACGGAUCGUUUGCCAAAUAUCUCGUCCGAGAAGUGAUUUACUUCCUCGGCAACCUCAUGAGCACCGUACCAAAGCUCCGCUUAGCCAUAGUGAAUUGUUUAGAGCGUAUGCUGAAGCUGUUCUCUUUAAAGGCAUAUGCUAUUCUCUCCAAACAUCUAAAUUUCAUUGCAUCGUCCCUGUUGGAGGUAGAGGUAUUGGACUGUGCUUCAAAACUUUCCGGAAAAUGUCUUGCACUGCUCCGCUUUCUCAUCGUUGACCAACCCGAAUUAUAUCCGGAAGCAAUAGCCAAGCUCAAUUAUUUCCCCGCCGAUGAUCGUUUCGCUGAACUGCGUGCCGUUAUUGAGGACCACAAGACACGAGGCUACGGUAGUGCGGUUUGGUCCUUGAGGGAUGAAAUUCAUGGGUUGCUGGCACUGCCUUAUCUUCGUUAUGAAGACAUUGCUGCGCUGAGACUUGUGAUCACCAAUAAACGCAACGAGUUGAAUGUUCUCUGCAAGGAGAUCGGAUUAGUGGGCGAUGAGAGUAUUCUGCAUCUGCUCGUUUUUACGCUUCUGGACGUCGUUCGCAGCUCUUCUUUUGAUAAGAAAUCAGUUGAAGCCAUGAGGUGCCUAGGAGAACUGGGACCUCUCGACCUGAGAUCCAUGCGGCUAAAUUCGGAUGUUGAAAUGAUUGCUUACGAAACGAUCGACUCAUUUGAGAACGCUGUGAGUAGGUGUGCCGAAAUCAUAUUAACUGAGCUUGAUGUUAUGCUUACGAGUAAGAAUGUUACCGUCGGUCGUAGUGCUUCGCUCGCUGCCUAUGCACUGCUUCACGGAAGAACGUUUCAUUCGGCUGUUGCUAAGCUUCCCACCAUGAGCCUAUUUCUCGGGCAAUCAACAACCGAAGUGACCUUGUUUAGCUUUAGCGAAGGCAGCGUCCCAAAUUUGGUUGCCGCGCUUGGCCAAGAAUGUAACAAUUAUCGAUCCUUCGUGUUGCAAGUGUGCACCAUUCUGUUGAAAUUCCUAAGGAAUAGAGUGCUUCAAGAAUUGGUCACGCUCGAUCAAGCGUUUGCCGAAAAACUCGUUCCGUUGCUUAUUCAAGCUGCGCUGAAACUGCUUCAGGUUCCGGUAAACACUGAUAUUGGUCUUUUCAUAAAUAACUUUUUUGCCUUGUUCACUGACAACGGUGAAGACGGUUACACGCUAUUUAACGAUUCCAAAGCGAUACAGCUAAUGCUAACCGUAGUUGAAUGUGUUCGAAUCAACAAUGAAAUUUUUCCGCAGUUUAAUAUUGAACUGGACUAUCUGAAAAUAGCCAAAGCCGCUCGCUACUGUCAGGCUCAUUUUAAAGCUAUCAUUUAUUGCGAGCUAUGGUAUUACGAUCAGCUAGAACGAGGCCAAAAAGGAGCUAAGAACGAUCGCCAUCUAAUGGAGAUCAUGCGAUCUUCUCAUAUAGCCAUCGGUGUAAACGAUGCCGUAAAAGAGUUUCUAAACCCACGCUCUGAGCGUGCAGAGUAUUAUCAGUUGGAGCAAAAGUAUAACCGUGCUCUCGUCUUUCGGGAUGCUAGCCGAAGUUUGAACAGUCCAGGUGACAUCGGCGUAGAUUGCGCAGACCGAGCUAUCACUUUGCAGCUGCUGAAGGACUCCAGUCUGUAUGGUUUAGCACGGUAUUUUAACCAAAAUGAGAAGGAAAUUGAUUACGAGUGUGCCUGGCGGCUUGCCGAUUGGUCCGUAGCUAUUGAUAUUAGCGACAACGCUGGUUCUUCGAUCGGCCAAUAUGGCCCAACAGUGUCGGCAAAGCUGUUUGAAUGUUUGCAUUAUAAAGCGUUGAAAAGCCUAACGCUCAAAGAUGAACUUGCUGUCGAUAGUGCAGUUUCGGAGGCGCGACGAGCUAUUGCUGAUCUGUUGAAACACACGAGCACCGAAUCGACGAAACACAUCUAUCAAACGCUGUGUCGCCUGAGGCAACUGGAACAGAUUGAAGAUUUUGGUGAAAUUCUGUUUCAAAAGCAAAUCGAUUGUGAACAGGAUCUGCUAGACAAGUGGAACCAACAGGACGCUCUGCCGUAUAGUGAGUUUGAGCUGCAGGAGAAAAUAUUGUCUCAGCGAUGGUCGAUACUUCAGACAAAUGCCGGUCGAAUUAAACAAAAUUGGGUUCCCGGUGUCAUGUAUAACUCGCUGUUGCUACUGAUUCACGAGUCCCGCUCGCGUGGGCUGCAUGACUGUGCCUUGCGCAAUCUAGCUCUCAUCGAGACGAUCGAACUUCCUGCCAAUGCUCAGGCGAUUGUACUACUGGAGGAUGCGCAGCUCAACUGGGGCAUGGGAAAUCAUAAGCUGGCUUGUGAACGUGCCAUGGACGUGCUGGAGAAUAAGCAGUACAGUGAUAUGAUGGUGAAUGCCGUAGCCCUGCGCCUAUAUGGUCAGUUCCAGGCGGAAAGUGAUUCGAAGGAACUGGUAACGCUGCACAGAGACUUUUUCGACAAAUCGCUACGUUUCGUUCGACAACUUGAAUCACAAGAUAACUGGCCUGCGCAAAUGGUUGCCCAAAGCAUGGUUGCUUAUAGUCAUCGGUGCUUCGAGAGCGACCGCAAUUUUACAGUCGUACAUACGGUGGCCAAAUACGCUGAUCGUGAGUUUGUUCGACUAAGCAAGUACUGUCAGUCACAAGAAUGGAGAAUGCGUUGUGAUAAUAUAAGUAAAAUGGAGAGAGAACUAGAACAACUGAAAACGGAAGCGGCCAAAGCGUCGGACACACGACAACGGGAUAUGAGAAGGCUUGCUGCCUUGAUGCAAAAGAAUAUGCAGCGUGAUAAAAAGGAAGUAGAAAGGGUAGAACAAGAUCGUCGAAACUAUCUGGUGAUGGCCUUGCAAUACUACAUCGAUUAUAGCAGGCAGAGCACGGUCGAGAGUGAUUUGGUGAUCUUUCGCAUUAUUGCCCUUUGGCUAAACAAUCUGCAGGAGACCAGUGUACAGCAGUUGAUGAAAGAUAGAAUACAAGACAUUCCAUCGUAUAAGUUCGUUCCCGUUCUACCACAGCUGGCUCCAAGAUUAAGCGCAAAAUCCCCAGUAGGUGCCCUAGUGCAUCGUACGUUGUUACGGUGUACCCUCGCUCAUCCGCAUCAUACACUACCAUACGUGUUCGCACAGCUGCACGCAUUCAAGGACCAAAUUGGCAUUGAUGUAUCACAUGACGAUCGUCUUAUGGGAGCACAAAAGCUGCACGGUGACCUCUUGAAGUUAACGGAAGUGAGCAAAAUUAUCGACCAGAUGGAUAGUAUGAAUCAGGCGCUCAUUGAGCUGGCGAACAAAAAUGUUUCUGGAAACCCGAGCUUUCUGCAGUACAAGAUGACGAGUCACGACAAGCUACGUUCGCUAAGGGAUUUAGAAAGCAUUCACUGUCCCACCAUUGGGCUUCGUGUGGUCGAAUCGGGCGACUAUAAAAAUGCGAUUAUAGGCAUUGUUAAAUGGGAACCUACUAUCACCGGUGUCGGUGGGAUUAAUGCUCCGAAAAAGCUCGAGUGUCGCUGCACAGAUGGGAAGUUGCGCACGCAGCUGUUGAAGGGGAAAGACGAUAUGCGCCAGGAUGCGGUAAUGCAGCAAGUGUUUGGUAUUAUAAACAUUUUACUGCGCCACGAUAAGGAAACGGCACGGCGGCAGCUUUCGAUACGGACGUACAAGGUUGUUCCACUGUCCCGCCAGAGCGGCAUACUGGAGUGGUGCGAAAAUACGAUGCCGAUAGGUGUAUGGAUGAUGAAGGGUCACACAAGGCAUCGUCCGAAUGAUUAUGAUCCAUCGCGGGCACGUAAACUCUUCCAAGAGAAUGCACAACCGGGCAAGACAUUUGACGAUAAGCUGGAAAACUAUCGCCGCAUCUGUCGUCGAUUGCAGCCCGUCUUUCGGUACUACUUCCUCGAGCACUAUCCCAAGCCGGGCGACUGGUUCGCGAAGCGCCAGAAAUACGUGAAGAGUGUCGCCACUAGCUCGAUGAUUGGAUACAUCCUCGGAAUCGGUGAUCGGCAUGUGCAGAACAUCCUGAUCGACCAACGGACGGCUGAGGUGAUCCACAUCGAUUUCGGUAUUGCGUUCGAGUUGGGCAAAAAUUUGCCAACACCUGAAACUAUUCCGUUUCGUUUGACUCGCGAUCUCGUCGACGGUAUGGGGAUAACCGGGGUCGAGGGUGUCUUCAGAAAGUCUUGCGAGAAAACGAUGGAAGUGCUCAGAAACAACCAAGCACCGAUCAUUACCAUACUGGAGGUGUUGUUGCACGAUCCGCUCUACUCCUGGAAUGUGCUAUCGAACAAAAAGGCAAACCAACUGCAGUUGCAGGACUCGCAGCAGGACACAACCGAUUGCAACGAAAUGCGUUACGUUCAGCAUACGCCGGAUGUCAACGUUACGGCGGAACGUGCCCUGAUGUUGGUGACGAAGAAGUUGGAGGGCAUGGAAGAUGAUAAGUAUAUCUCGAUCGAGGGACAGGUCCAGAAGCUGAUAUUUGCGGCCACCAACGAGCGGAACCUGUGUCAACUGUUUCAUGGUUUCCAACCUUAUCUGUGAAACUAUGUCGCUUUGCGCUGUAACAAUAGAAGAAUUCCUUUAUUUUCCCUUUCGCUGUGCAGAA